AUGGUUACUGCCUUAGUCAAUAUUAUCGAUAAAAAUAAACGUCCAAUACGCUGCAAGACAUUGCUCGAUACAGCAGCAACGUCCAACCUUAUUACGGAGCGAUUAGCUACAUCUUUAAACCUACCAAAACAAAAAUGCUCUCUUGCUGUUGGUGGACUUGGUGAUAUUCAAACAUCAACAUCAUUCAAAAUCACGGCAACCAUCCAAUCAAGAUACAGUAACUUCGAAAAGACAUUAGAAUUCUUUUCAGUUCCUGAAAUAACUAAACAAGAUCCAGUGAACUAUAUUGACAAAACAAAAAUACCAAUAUCCAAUAAGAUAAAGCUAGCUGAUCCAACAUUCAAUAUCCCAAGUAACAUUGACUUACUUAUUGGUGCAGGACCAGCAUUAUCAUUAAUCAUACCUGGACAAAAGGAUAUUUCAAAUCCUGAAGGGCAAGAUUUAUUCAUGCAAAAUACACAUUUUGGUUGGAUCAUCGGUGGUGCAAUAUCAGUUCAAAGAAAAAACAAUAAUUCAAAACCAAAUCCAAAAAUGUGUCAUAUUACGACCACACAAGCUCUCCAACAACUCACAAAGACUUGGGCCAUGGAAGAAGGUCCAAAACAAAAACACCUGUCAGAGGAAGAGAUGGCAUGUGAACUACAUUACAAAAAUCAUACAAAGCGAAACAAAGACGGAAGUUACGUGGUAGCACUUCCAUUCAACUCCAAGAAAUCUCUCAUCGGUGAAACUCGGACUCGAGCUAUGAACCGAUUAAAAUCUCUUGAAAACAAAUUCAAAAGAAAUCCAGAAUUCGCUGAACAAUAUAAGGUUAUUAUCCAAGAAUACCUAGAUCUAGGACAUAUGGAACUAUCAACGGGCUCAACUGAUGCUGAAGGAUUCUACCUUCCACAUCAUGCGGUCGUGAAAGAAUCAAGCAACACUACAAAACUACGAAUCGUAUUUGAUGGAUCUGCCAAGUCAAGCUCUGGAAUAUCAUUAAAUGAUACGCUGCUAACAGGAGCCACACUACAAAAACCAAUUUUCAUUCACCUAAUUCGUUUUCGAUUACACCCAAUUAUUCUUAUAGGUGAUUUGGAAAAGAUGUUUCGUUAUGUCUGGGUAAGACCAGAAGACCGUAAAUAUCUUAAAAUCUUAUGGAGAGAUCAAACAGGAGAAGUCAGGGACUAUCAAUUGACGAUAGAUACAUUUGGCACUACAGCAGCAACGUUCCUGGCAGUCAGAAGUCUUGUGCAAGUAGCCGAGGAUGAAAGAAGUAACUUUCCAGAAGCAGCAGACAUCAUCAAGGAGCAAUUCUACGUCGAUGACUUAAUCGCAGGUACUGAUACUGUUAAUAAAGCAAUAAAAAUUAGAAACGAUUUAACUGAACUACUAAAACGAGGUGGUUUUAAUAUACGACAAUGGGCUUCAAAUAAUUCAGAAGUCCUGAAAGGAAUUCCAGAAGAACACAUCAAUAAAAAACUACAAAUUGAAGUAGAUCCAAUGCUAAAAACUUUAGGUAUACAUUGGCAAACGCAAUCAGAUGAUUUAACUUAUACCUUUAAUAAGUUACCAAUCAACGUAACCAUGAGAGUAAUCUUAGCUGAAAUAGCUAAGAUAUUUGAUCCACUAGGAUUAUUGGGACCGGUAAUUUUAGCCGCGCGGUUAAUUCUUCAAGAAUGCUGGCGUCAAGAAAUUACCUGGGACCAAGAACUUCCAACUUAUAUACAAAAUGCUUGGACGUCAUAUGCAUCUGAAUUCAAUAGCAUUAAUCAAGUUUUAUACAAUCGUCCACUGGUACUGCUAGACACCUGCGAUAUCCAAAUACAUGGGUUUGCAGAUGCCAGUGAAAAGGCCUAUGGUGCAUGUAUAUACUUAAGGCGGACGGCAUCAUCGGGUGACGUAAGAACGAAUCUAUUGUGUGCUAAAACCAAAGUUGCACCUCUACAAACUCAAACAUUAGCACGAUUAGAGCUUUGUGCAGCUCUCAUGUUAGCUAAUCUAUAUGAUACUAUAAAAGAACUUUUACCUACUCAAUUAUCCAGGGUUAUAUUCUGGUCAGACUCAACAAUAGCUCUUCAUUGGAUCAAGACACCUCCAUACCAGUUGAAAACAUUUGUUGCAAAUCGAGUAUCUCAGAUACAAGAAAAAACACCUAUUACUAGUUGGAGACACAUUAAGUCUGAAGAUAAUCCUGCAGACGCGUCUUCAAGAGGACUAACACCAGAGGAAUUCGUAGAUAAUUCACUUUGGCCUUCUGGCCCAACCUGGCUAAAGUAUCCAGAGAACGACUGGCCUAUAUCAAUAAUAUCUACUCCAAUCGAAGACAAUGAAAGGAAAAAACUCACUUGUCUUACAACUUGCGUAAAAACAAGUUCACUUGAUGAUUCAUUCAUCAAAUUCUUCAGUUCAGCAAGUAAUCUACAUCGUGCAAUUGCCCGCAUCUUGCGUUUGAGUAAAAACAAUAAGUAUACUGGUGAAUAUACUCUCGAGGAACUUCGUCAGUCUCAGGUAAAAAUUAUCAAGUUAAUACAAAAUAUACACUUUACGAAAGAUAUUCACAACUUGAAACAUAAAAAGGAAAUACACGAAAACAGUAAAUUAAAACAUCUUAGUCCAUUUUUUGAUGACUACGAGAUAAUUCGGGUUGGUGGAAGACUAAAUCAUGCAAACAUUUCAUACAAUCAAAAACAUCCGAUAAUUUUACCUCAAUCACAUCCAUAUACAACCUUGAUUAUCCAAGAAGCCCAUCAAAGGCACUUCCACGCCGGUCCUCAGACAACUUUGUAUGUUGUGAGGAGAAACUUCUGGCCGUUAAACGGUCGAAACGAAGUUAAGAGAGUAACAUAUCGUUGCGUAAGAUGCAGAAAAUCAAAUCCUCAAACAGCUAUUUACCCAAUGGGAGAGCUGCCGAAAGAGCGUGUCACACAAACUCGUCCUUUUCAUCAUACUGGUGUAGAUUACUGCGGUCCAUUUUACAUCAAGGAGAAGAAACAUCGCAAUCGUGGCCGAGUCAAAGUGUAUGUAGCUGUUUUUGUCUGUCUAGCAGUCAAAGCUACACACUUUGAGGUGGUCAGUGAUCUGACCAGUGAGGGAUUUAUAGCAGCAUUGCGGAGAUUCAUAUCACGUCGAGGCAAGUGUUACAGCAUUCAUUCAGAUAACGGAACCAACUUCGUUGGUGCCAAUAAUCAACUAAAAGAGAUCUAUCAACAAAUUAAUUCAGAGGAACAUCAACAGAAAGUACAUAGAUAUCUUACAGAAGAAGGAAUCCAGUGA